AUAAUGUAAUCGUAAGCUGACACACCAAGAAAAAAUCAACUCCAGACAAGAAGAAGAAGCAACGUCGCCCACCAAAAUAUAAAAUGAUAUAAAAAUAUUGUUCACUACACUACAAAAAACAACUCCCAGCCACCACCAAACACUCACGCGUCUACGUGUAGAUUUCUGCUACCACUUUCCUUAAAAUCAAACUAAAAUUUACCAUCCAAGCAAACAAGAAAUCAAACUCACUUUCUAUCUUCUCUUGCAUAACUCGUAUCUCUCUCCCCUUCUUGUUAGUUUUUGUUCUCUGAAGGAUAAUGGAACCGAUCGUUUUGACCCAGUUGGCAACGGGUCUUAGUGUGCUAGCCGGGGCGGUUCUGGUCAAGUCGGUUAUGGGCCAGAAGCCCAUGGCUGGUCCGACGUGCCCAUCUUGCAACGGCACGCGUCGAGUCGCUUGUCUUUGUUCCCGUUGGUCAGACCGAGAUGUGGGUUGCCGGACUUGUUCUGGUUCCGGUCGCAUGGCGUGUAGUAGCUGCGGCGGGACAGGUACUGGUCGGCCUAUUCCGGUUCAAAUCUCUAUGAGGUCACCAAACCGCCCAUCUUGACCCGGUUCGCGCCUUAAAGAUUUGUUUUCGGGUCUGUUGUGGUAGUGAAUAUUAAUUAAUUUCUCGCGCUCUCUCAUAUUUUUAUGUAAACUUCUUUUCUUUUUCGGAUUUUCCCAAACUCUGGAAAAGAUUAAAUUGUAAUAUAAUAUAAGUUGAAGAGAUACUUGGAUGGAGAGAGGGAGAUGAGAUGGAAGAUUAGGUGGUUGUAACUUGCAAUGACAGUGAUGAAUACAUCGAGUACUGAAAUUCUUAUAAAAAUCGAUAACUGAGAAGUUUAAAGUA